AUGGGGGGCUUGCCGGGGCCCAGGUCCCACUCGGGCCGGCGGGCGGUGGAAUCACCAGACUACGGCUUCCCACUCUUCCCACCUGAUUUUUCUAUUAUCCCCCCAAGGAGCAUAACCCCAAGCACACCGUUUCUUGCCGGGACGCAGAAAACAGGUUGGGGUUCUCCCUGCUCAGAGGUGAAGCGGCGGCAGGCUGAACGGUCCCACCCCCACCCCAACACGGACUCCCAGGACACACUUACAGACCAAGACCUUUGCCGGCACGUCCUGGAGGUGCCCCCAGGGGAGCCACUAACAGGAGGAGGCCCUCCCGCAAGAGGCACACCGUGUGGCCAACCCAAUGCCCCAGCCGGCCGCAGGAUCACCCCGGCCCGGAGCCCCGGACGCCCUGCCGUAACCGACCUCGGGUUCCGCGCUCGGAAGCUCCGGGCCGGUCCCGCUCCCCCUGCCCUCCGCUGGGGCCGGCUCCGGCGGGGCGGACGCGCGGCCGAGGCCCUGGCGCCGGAGCAGGGAGCGGAGAGAGGGGCCCGAGCCAAAGAGCAGCGCCGCCCCGGGACAGAGCGCACCGCACCGCCGCAGCGCCGCCGCCGCCUCAGCUUCCAAGAUGGCCGCUCGAGAGGCGGGACCGUCCUCGCUUCCGAUUCCGGUGCGCGGCUCUCUGGGACGGGCGCUCUAGGCGGCCUGGCGGACCUCGCCCGCAUCUCGCUGCUUUGCCCCGCCCAGCGGGAUGGGGACGUCGGCGCGUGCGCACUGGAGAGCAGCUCCACGGGGCGGGGCUCGAGGAGCAGCAGGCACUCGAGGUCCCCUCCCAUCAGUGAGCGAACCUGUCCAAGGCCCCUGAGAGUCAAGUACUGGGCCGCUGGCUUUGUCUGGCCACCAGUGAGGCGUGGGGACUGCGAGCCCUGCCUGAACCUGUGUCAGACUGGAGCAGUGACCCAAGCAGUGGGUGCAGGGCUCGGGACCUGGAAGUCCCCCGAGGUCCAGCCGUCACUGCCGGAGGAGGGGCGCGGGGAGAGGCUGGUGGAGCUGCACACGUCCUUCAGGGAGCUGUUCACCUUCUUCUGCACGAACGCCACCAUGCACGGCGCCAUCCGCCUGGUCUGCUCCAGCCAGAACCGCCUCAAGACGGUGUGCUGGGGGCUGCUGCUCCUGGGCGCACUGGGCACGCUCUACUGGCAGUUCGGGCUCCUCUUUGAGCAGUACUGGCAGUACCCCGUCAUCAUGACCGUGUCUGUGCACUCGGAACGAAAGCUCUUCCCAUCGGUCACUCUGUGCGACAUGAACCCACACCGGCCCAGCCUGGCCCGCAGCCAGCUGCUGGCACUGGAUGCGUUUGCUCAGGAGAAUAUCUAUGCCCUCUACAAGUUCAACUUCAGCGUGAGUGGAGACGCCCCAUUUGCGGAGGCCCCUGGCCCAGAGCCUGCCUUCCAGCUGGACCGUGCAAUCCGCCUGCAGAGACUGAGAGGCCCAGGCGGCCAGAACAAAGUGGGUUUCAGACUGUGCAACAGUACCGGGGGCGACUGUUUCUACCGGGCCUACCCGUCAGGUGUGACGGCCGUGCGAGCGUGGUACCGCUUCCACUACAUCAGCAUCCUGGCUCUGCUGCCCACUGACCGUGAGGACAGCCACCGAAGCCAAGGUGGCCACUUUGUCUUCUCCUGCCGCUACAAUGGCCAGGACUGCCAGGCUCGACACUUCCAGACAUUCCACCACCCCACCUAUGGCAGCUGCUACACCUUCAAUGGGGACUGGGCUGCACAGCGCCCAGGCAUUACCCACGGGAUCAGCCUGGUCCUCAGGGCUGAGCAGCAGGACCACCUGCCGCUGCUGUCCACGGAGGCUGGCAUCAAGGUCAUGGUUCACAAGCGCAACCACACUCCCUUCCUGGAGCACCGCGGCUUCAGCGUGCGGCCAGGGACCGAGACCACCAUCGGCAUCCGAGAGGACGAGGUGCACCGGCUCGGGAGUCCCUAUGGCAGCUGCACCGACGGCGUGGAGGGCCUGGAUGUGCCGCUGCUGUACAACACCUCGUACACCAUGCAAGCCUGCCUGGUCUCCUGCUUCCAGCAGCUGAUGGUGGAGACCUGCUCCUGUGGUUACUACUUCUACCCCCUGCCGACCGGGGCUGAGUACUGCAGCUCCGCACGGCACCCGGCCUGGGGUCACUGCUUCUACCGCCUCUACAGAGACCUAGAGACCCACCGGCUUUCCUGUGCGACCCGCUGCCCCAGACCCUGCAGGGAGUCUUCAUACAAACUCUCUGCCGGGACCGCCAGGUGGCCUUCCUCCACGUCAGCGGACUGGAUCCUAGCGGUGCUGGGCCAGCCAGGGACCCCAGCAUGCAGGUCCAGGGCUCAGCACCCCACAUCUGUGCUGCACUCCAGAAGCAAUGUGGCCAAGGUCAACAUCUUCUACCAGGAGCUCAACUACCGCACGGUGGAUGAGACACCUGUCUACUCGGUGCCACAGCUGCUUUCCGCCAUGGGCAGCCUAUGGAGCCUGUGGUUCGGCUCAUCCGUUCUCUCCGUCCUGGAGCUGCUGGAGCUGCUGCUUGACGCCAUAGCCCUCACCGUGCUGCUGGGCUGCCGCCGGCUCCGCUGUGCCCAGGGUCCCAGCCAGGGCAGUAAUGGGCAUCCCACUCCAAGCCAGAGGCCACCCAGUUGUCAAGUGACUGCAGGCAUGACGUCAAACAUCCCAGGGCUCAGCUGGUGA